AUGUCGUUCUCGGUCCAGAACAUAAUUGGUACCCCCUUACACGCGGUGGCCGAGUCGAAUAUCGCCCUAGCUCAUCUUAAUUUCGACUUCUCUCUUGUCAAAUGUGAAGCCCCAGCUGAGCUCCAGCUUUUGGGGAAACAACUCUCCAGAUCUCGGCGGCAAUCGGCGGAAGAUGGGUCAUUUCACAUUCUUGCCCGUCGACUGGGUGUGCUGUUUGAUGAUGUCCUUCCAGAUGUGCCAGUGCUGCUUGAAGCAUAUGGAACCCGCGCUAGUCAGAUUGUUCAAGAGAUGACCCAGAAGACGGAGAUCCCCAAGGUUGUCGUCGAUGGGUUUUUUGGAUCUCACUUAGGGAUCGACUCAACCACAAUCUGGGCUAGUGCGACAAGUGGAAAGUCCGUCCUUCGCAUGCACCUUCUCGCAUGUAUGCUAGCUAGGAUCUGGUCCCCCCAAGAGGCCACCGCCAUUUGGGCGGACUUGGUCAGCCAUCGACAAACCGCCAUCAAAAAUAAAGCUCAAUCUGGUGAGAUUGUGGAUAAUUAUUUGGCCCGGUUGGCUGCCGCCCACGAGAUUGAUCGGGCAUCACUUGGGAGUUGGGAUGCUAGUGCACGGGCAUGGCUUCAAGUUGCCGAUCAAGCACGGCCGAUGCAGCAGAUUCAAAUCAAUUUAAUUGUCAACAAUCUGUCGGUGGCUGUCAAAUCCCAAUCAUCCAAUCAUGACUCGACCUCAAAGGCACGCUCUUAUGAUAGUGUGAUUCCCAACCUCAAUCGCGCGUUGACUACCCUUGACAAGCUAAUCUGUGGCGAGCCCCAUCAAAUCACCGACGGCGGAAUUCUGCUUGGAUUAGUCUCCUGGCAUAUUUAUCCAGAUCUUGUUGUUCUAGGCCCCUCCACACAAGAAAUAAAGCAGAAAGACAUUUUGGUCAAAGAAAGUGGAAUCGUCACUAUCUCAAUCACCCCUCAAGCUAGACCUCGGACCGACGGAGUAUAUUGGUCUUUGCCACUAGCCAGCCUGCGAUAUUAUGGAACUGUUCAUCGAGAACGAUCCACUAUGUGUGAUUCCAGAAUAUCAGUCGCACAGCUUCAGGCCCUGAUACUCGGCGCAUCGCUGGGCGCGGAUGAUGCUGCAUUCACUGCUGCGAAGAUCCUAAAAUCACUUUGGAAGCUGUUCUCCGGUCUUUACGAGGCAAAACUGAGUCAAAUUGCUGACCAACCUCUGGAGCUGUCAGCGGAAUUGGCUGGCUUCGAGGUAGUCGACUUGCUCAAAGACGAUCGCCAAUCCCUCCGAGUUUCGAUGAAAUUAUUGCAGUUCUUAUUUCCAUUCCAGAGCGGCAUAGAUUUACUUUCUGCAGAAAAUGAAAACGAGAAAAAUACUGCUAUGCAACUCAUGAGAUAUGGUACUAAUUAUGGAAAAUCAUGGAUUGGAAACACGGGGACCUCCGCUUCGAGCUUUUUCGGCUUGGCAAAACUCUCAUCUCUUCUUUGCGUGAUAAAGAACCGAGAGGCUCGAAUCAGUGUCCUCCGCGCGCAGUGCAAGCAAUACCAUCUCUCGUCUUCUGACUACGUGAUUCGAUUUCGAACCGAGAAUGGCUAUGUCUACACAUCAAUCGAUGUCCAAAGUGCACGAACUUGCCACGGAGGAACAAAGCGGAAGUGGGACGAAUACGAAGAUCAGGACUUGGAUGGCAUUCACCUCCUCAAGAGUCCUCCCGGAGAGAUAUGGACUUUCUUCACUUCACCGGAAGUCUCUAGCCGUCAUGUUCCGCAAUACUUUAAUACUGAUACGCAGGAUAACGACUCAAAUGCGCAAGAUGACUUUUUCGCACAAUUUGUCCAUGACAGCCCCCUUCCGAGUCGGUCAGUUACAUUCAAUUACGUCUUCGGUGACCAUAGCCUUGCGGCCGUGUACAAAAGAAAUACUAGCCAGUCUUUAUCCACAACCCAACCCCUCUCGGAUGCAGUUUCUCUGGAAACAAUCCAAGAUCUUUUGGACAGGAGUCUCUUGCAGCUUGAUCUCGUGGCAGAAUACAUUUUGUAUCAUUUCUCCGUAACGCAAACAUCCCAUGGCAGGUCUCUUCUCGCGCUUGGACGAAUUGUGGACUAUUACAUGUCAUACCUACCCCACGCCACUGUUGCCAUGGGGGUAAUCAAAGGCACCAUUCGUUCUUGGGACUGGGCGCAGUCUAUGGUCAGGGAGCUUGAUUCAUUAAGUCCACUUGCAAAGCAGCAAGCGCGCGAAGGAAAUACACCUGCAACGAUCUAUCCAAGCCCCCUGCCCCGUGAAUACGCAUUUGCAGCGAUUUUGCAGUUUGAGGCUGGGGAAAUUAGCGUCGACGUUGCUAAAAUGGCAGACGUACUAGCAAUAUCGAGUGGCAACUCUCUAUUCAUCGCUGGACAACUCCUCCAUGAUCCGUUGUCAUCAGAGAGUCUCUGUCCCGGCGCCGUUUCUCAUGUUAUGGGGAAUGUUGGGAAGCCAGGAGUAACACUGUUGGUUUCUCCCCCUGAGGUAGAGAUCCGUGAACAUGAUAUCGAGAGGUGGCAAUUUGUCAACCACAACCCGUUUGAUGGAAAUUCAGCCGGUGGAAUGUUUGACGGCACAUCUAUUCACUUGUCAUUUACAGGCUGGGAAGGACCUGUCAGUCUUGAAUCUACCAAUUCCCGCGGUAUGGAGGCCUAUUAUGUUGAAACAGCAGUUUCUGUCAAUGACAAAGGAGAUUCUAGAUCCUCCGAGUGGCUUACUCGUGCUACGUUCGGCAUCGGGGACACCGACAACGGACGAUCGUCGCGGAACUUGGCGGUGGAUGGUGAGACUGGCUGCUGUAAGUAUUGCACGUUCAAGGAAAUACCGGUGCAUCUGCUUGCCAGUUGA